AUGACUUCAAGUACUUUGUUAUUUUCACUUAUAACUCCAAAAACGCAAAGUAUCUAUUCUUCUAUUAGUGAAAAUGAAAGUCCUGAAAUUAAUGAAAGUUCUGAAGUAAUUACUGUUAAUAAAAAUUUCAAAAUAAUCACUACAGAUGAAAAUCUUGAAAUAAUUAAUGAAAAUUCUGAAAUAACCACUGUUAAUAAAAAAUGGAAAAGAAACAAGUCACAAUCAUGGAUUUUUAAAGAAGGUCCCUUUAUUCAACAUGAUCCUCAAAAUGGAACUAGUGCCUUAAUUCGUCACAUAAAAAAUACAAAAUGUAAAAAAUAUUUGAAAGUUGAUGAAUCACAACAAAUAUUACAAUUAUCCACAUUAGGCCUUGUUACUUAUAAGUUUUUCCAGAAAAGAAGUUGUCAAGAUUUAUCAAAAAUGAUUAUUAUACAUACAUAUCCAUUUCGUAUGGCUGAACAUGAGGGAUUCCUAACAUUUGUUAAUAAUUUACAGCCACAGAUUAAAGUGAUGAGUGCGAAGACGACAUGUGAAGAUUGUAAAGAUAUUAUAAAAGAUCUUAAGGUAAAAGUCCAUAUGAUGAUACAAGAGACUCCUGGAAAUCUAAACUAUAUGACUGAUUUGUGGACAUCAAAUUAG